CUCAAAUUCAAAAUCGUGGAGAUGCUCUGAUUACGAUUUGCCGAUUGGGUUUGAUUUGUCUCCAUCGAAGAGAAUGAUUUCUCCAAUCAUGGAGAUGCUCUGGUCAGUGGAAUUGUCCUAUUUCUUUGCUUUCGUUCCAAUCGUUCAUGGAAUUUUCUGGAAAUCCAGCGGUGAAUUUGAGCAGAGAGAGAGAGAGAUGGCGGUAGUGUACGCGCUGCUGGCGCCAGGGGCGGUGGUAGUGGAGUUCCUCGCGGCGUCGACUAACGUAGGUUACAAAUGUGGUGAUAGAGAAUAUUGAUAAGGUUUUAGAUGGAAGCAAGCUUUUAGAAUUGCUUGUUGGUAAAAUCGCCAAUAUGCGAGGGAACCGCUCCUGUUCCAGGAAAUCGAGAAUUCCAACUUAGGAGGACAUACAAAAUAUAACCACUUAUCCAAUACGAGAUCGAACUGCUAUGCUCUUUGGUUAUUGUAUAUGUCGUUGAAGCCUUUGUUUGCCAUAGCCUAGCACUUGCUUCAUGUUUCAAGUAAGGGAAAUGAGCUUUGCCUUCUUUAGGAAGAGAGCGCAUUUUGACCGGUUCAACAAGUCAAAUUCGCACUCUCAAAGUGUCCAACCCGUGGUCAACAGUCAAGGGGAAUGACCUUUGCAUUCUUUUUGAAGAGAGGACGCUUCUUGGCCGGUCCAAUAAUGUUGUCCAAUAUGUCAAAUUCACAUUCUCAAGUGUCCAACUGUGGUCAACAGUCAAGUGUUUGCAAUAUAAAGAGCUCCAAAAACAUGGGAACAUAUAUGUGGAGCUCAAGUCUCUACCUAAGAGAAAGACCCGCAACAAAACAAGGAGAACCUUGUUUUCCAGAAAACAAUAGGAAGCGAAUCUUGUCGAUUUUGUGGAGAGAAUGCAGAAAGUUUGUUGGCCAUACUUUGAUCCUGAAUUCGACACCCUUGGCGAACGCAUCUACGGUCCCCCAUGCAGGGUCUACAUUGACAAUGACAGUAUCCAGGAUUGCACGGUUGUCAAGGUGAAUAGUGAGAACAAACAAGGGCUUCUUCUAGAAGUGGUGCAAAUUCUGACAGACAUGAACUUCAUCAUCAACAAAAGUUACAUCUCAUCCGAUGGUGAAUGGUUCAUGGAUGUUUUCCACGUGAAAGACGAACAUGGCAAUAAAGUCACUGACCAAAGCGUCAUCAACCAUAUUGAACAGGCGAUUGGUACGAGUACACGAAAAUCGAGUCCUGUCAUGGAGGCCAAAAAGACGGUCAGUGCAAACAAUGCAUUGGAAUCACCGGUUGAUCAAAACGAAUACACAGCCAUAGAGUUAACCGGAACGGACCGGCCGGGUCUCUUCUCAGAGAUAUCAGCCGCUUUAGCUGAUUUGCAUUGCAAUGUCCUCGAGGCUCACGCUUGGAGCCACAAAGAUCGUUUGGCUUGCAUUGCCCACGUCUCGGACGACUCGACCCACACCUCGAUCAUCGACCCGACCCGCUUGGCCACCAUAGAGGACCACCUGACCACUGUAAUCCGUGCCACAGCCAAUCCCACCUCGAAUGCUACGCAUGUUGGGCACAAGGAGAACGAGGAUAACGGGUUUCUUGCGGGGAAAGGCUCUACGUGCAUGAACACUAACGUGGAGAGACGGUUGCAUCAACUCAUGCUCUCAGUCAGGGACUUUGAAGAGCCGCUGCCUGGGGCGGCUGCUUCUCUUUCCGUGUCGCCGCCGCCUAGUAGGAGUGGAGGGUUGGAGAUGGAAGGGUGUGAUCAGAAGGAGAAGAAGCCGACAACGGUUUCAGUGGAGAAUUGCGAGAGAGGGUAUUCUAUUGUGACAGUGAAGUGUAAGGAUAGGCGAAGGCUCAUGUUCGACACUGUCUGCACGUUGAUCGACAUGCAGUGUGUGAUCUUCCACGCCUCUAUCUAUUCCAAUGGAGCUGAUGCUUUUCAGGAAUACUUCAUUCGGCACCUAGAUGGACGUGCUCUGAACACAGAAGGAGAGAAAGAACGAGUUGUGAAUUGCUUGGAAGCUGCAAUAGAACGACGGGUUUGUGAGGGGGUGAAGCUGGAGUUAUGCGCCGAGAGCAGGGUAGGGCUACUUUCGGACAUAACUAGAGUCCUCCGAGAGAACGGUCUAACCAUUGUCCGAGCAGAUGUGGAGACGCAGGGACAGAAAUCGGUGAACGCAUUCUAUGUCCGAGACAUGUCAGGGAACAAAAUAGACAUGGAGUUUGUGGAAUCGGUGAAGAAAGAGAUGAGACCGCUGCAUCUGGCGGUCAAGAACGAUGAUGCAGACGCCGAACGCGGACUGCAACGCCGCAGCUUCUCCCUCGGGGACAUCUUCCGCUCUCAGAUGGAACGCCUCUCUCUCAGGUGAUUCAACACUGUCUUACAAAUGAUGUUUAGGUGGGACCAAGAGUGGUGGUAAGCAUGAUAGGAUUCGUGUGUGUGUAUAUAUGUAUACGUUAUUCCGUUGUAUCUAUAUAUCCAUGGAUAGGCAUGUACGGGUCAAGUUUGUUUCAAGUAGAGGUGAGCAUGGGCACCCGGAAUGUCUCCAGUAUCCGUCCGAUCCACGA